AUUGGUCGGUUGUUUUCCCCAGAAUGUGCCAUUCAGCCACUGUGCUGCAGCGCACCACUAUCCACUUAUUGUUCAGUUCGGGUACUAAAUAAUUCGUGCAGCAUUCGAACCAGAAUCAAAUUUACGCAAUUGUGGGUUGAACUACCUCGCCAUAAAUCUAACUAGCCGAAAACCGGUUGCAAAAUUAUGUUACGUACAGAUGCGUGUAUGUCUGUGACUGCUUUGCUCUAAAUCUCAGGAGUGAUGUAUCAGAAGAAUCGUACUAUCAAAAUUUCGAUUUUCGAACCGUAAAAUUUAAAUUAAAUCCUUGUUUCUAGCCUCUAAAUAUUUUUUUUACAACUUCCAAAUAGUAACAGCGAGAAUAUUUGACGAGUCUUGGUGAAUUUAUCCAACAGUGUCGGGUUUUCUUGGGGUCGAAGAUGUUGACGCAAGAGCCUGGGGCGAAUGACAUUGCGAGACCUGACGACGAAGAGGACCAGUCGUUGGCGGAAUUUUCGCGCGUGCACAGACGCGUACAUAUUUAUUUAUUCGGACGAUAUUGAACGCGGCGGGAGCCGAUCGAGCUGGCGAAUUCAAAACAAACAACCGCUACCGACCGCAGAGCAGUUCGUGCGCGAUUUGUGAACGAGUUUGCGGCAAUCUCUCCGUGCGAAAUACGUAACGAGAGUGUAAUUCAACGAUUUUAAUACCGACGCCAGAAUUCACGGCAUUAAGGGGUUUAAAUGAUAUACAAUUAAAAAGAAUAAUUCUAUUUGCUCUUUUUGAAUCGAGUGGACCUGUUGAGAGUACAAACCAUUGGAAUUCGAUGGUAUUGAAGUAUUUCAAACAAUUUAUCGUUUUAAAAACGACGUUUCGAGUGGUAGAAUCCCUAUUUGGGUUUUGAAGGGAGAAACUUUCUCUUGCAACUUUUCGGUGAUUCUUGGACUCGAGCAUCAUGGCAACCAGAGCUGUCUCUGUGGGGGCAACACCGGGGGCGGCAGGGGUGUCCGGCGAGGCUGGUCUAGCCGGUGUACCCAGACUUCUGGAGGACCUCGCCCGACUCUCGGAAGACAAAGACACAGCAGAUAUUAUCUUUUUGCUAGGCCGGGAUGAGGUGCCAGUGUACGCUCACAGAAUCAUACUCCAAGCGAGGUGCAAGAACUUUACGGCUGCCAAGAGGAUCGGUACACCUGGAAAUCCAACCCCUGUCCGUAUGCCUCACGCUCAUCCGGAAACGUUUCGUCAAUUUAUCCAAUAUAUUUACACCGGCAAGAUCAUGAUGCAGGACAGCGGAAUUUUCGAGAUGCUAGGACUCGCUCAGGAACUCGGAGUUGAGGAACUUUGGAGAAGUUGCGAGGAACACGUGUCCGCCACUCUCAGUCCUGGAAACGCGUGUGCUCUUUUGACUGCAGCUCUGGAUGCCCAAGAGCGAGUUCCUGGUGGUAAAGGAGCUUGCUCAUCCUUUAUUGAAAGAUGUUUUGCUUUCAUUGGAGAAAAUGCUGUUGACACGGUUAAAACAACAGCAUUUUGCAAUCUUCCAAAGGAUGCACUUGUGAAGCUUAUAUCAUCAGACUACUUGGGGUUGGAGGAAGAAGACGUUUGGAGAGCAGUUCUAAAUUGGGCUAAAUACCAGGCAGGGGUGACGCAGCCUACUCAACACUGGACAGAGGAGGAGCGCGUGAGGGUUUGCCAACAUUUAUCAGGAGUGAUAAAUCAUGUUCGCCUGCUGCUGAUCGACAGCCAGGUCUUUGCAGAGGAAGUAGAACCAACCGGAGCAGUGCCUAUAGAGUUAUCCUUGGAGAGGUACGAAUUUUUCAAUCCCGAUCGAUCAAGUGGCUCGAAAUUCAUAAGGUAUAGAUAUGCAGCUUUACCCAACAAAUACGCAGAAAUUUGUUCGGAUAAGCGGUUACAGCCAAGAGUAAGUCCGUUUCUCUUUCCUGGGUCACAAAUUUUAUCUCGCGAUAAGAUGGGUUUUCAACGUCUCCUGAAUCAAUGGUACGGAUCACCAAAGCAAAGUUGGCGUUUAGUGUAUCGAGCCUCUAGUCAUGGUUACUCUGCACCGUCAUUUCAUCGACAUUGUGACGGAAUUUGCCCAACAUAUGUAAUUGCACUGGGAACUCGAGGAGAAAUUUGUGGUGGUUUCAGUGAUGCACCAUGGGGCAAGACGAAUGCUAAAACUCACUACAUCUUUUCAGAAAAAGCUUUCCUCUUUACUUUAACAAACAAUCAAGAUGUACCUCCAACGAAAUAUGACAUUGUGAAGAAACCAUUUGCAAUUUGCUAUCAUCCAGAUAUCGGACCAAUUUUUGGAGCUGGAGCUGAUUUACUUAUUUCUAGUAAUUGCAAUGUGAAUAUGGAAAGUUACAGCAAUCUUCCUCACAGCUACGAUGGCGAACAUGCUUCCAAUACUGUACUCAUGGGAGACUACCACUUUUCUGUAGUUGAUUACGAAGUUUUUACACCGAGCCAUUCAGUUUCCAAAUCGACUCAUUAAUAAUAAAUAAAUAUUUCUCAUUCCAUAAGAUUGUACAUAUAUAAUUAUGCGAGUACAACAUAAAAUGGAAGUGUACUAUUAAGAAUUAAAACAUAGGAGUGCAAUUUGUUGUUCGGUUCAUAAUUGAAGUAAAUUUUAUAUUCGCACAGAUUAUAUUAUGCAGAAAGUUUUGUACUAUUCAGAAUAAACAUAAACGAGUUAUUAGGUAUUUUCAGUUGCCAU